AUGCAUUUAGCUACGGCCAUUGCACUGUUAUUCUCUGUGGUAGCUGCCCAAGGAGACUGGGGUGCUCCUCUGAGCAAGCCGGCCAUCCACCCAAACCUCGACUUUAUUGAAGAUGGUCUUCAGCGCUAUCUGCCUGAAAUUUCAUUCACUUUGAACAAAUGGAACGACAACAGAAUUCCUCAAGAGUGCAAGAGUCGUGUUGGCAAUGCAAAUGACUUUGACAUCUACGAGAUUCAUUAUGACGACUGCCCGGAACCUUGGCUUCUCUGUCACAAUAGAAACGCUCCCGUUCGCCCAGAGACGGUUGCAAGCCAAUUCAGCAAAGUUCCCAUCGGCAUGCGGCAAUGGGUGCGACUGCUGAUUGACGUUCCGGCAGGUUACACGUCAGCGUACAACGCCGGCGGAACUAUUUACAUCAACAACGCCAAUGCACGCAUGAUUAGCGUUCUCGUCCACGAAACCGCCCAUUCCACCAACAUGGGCGGCUUCCCAAACGACAACUUCCAGAGCCUUUGGGACGGCUACCAGCAGGACGUUGGCGUGCCCGACAACUAUGCCAAGACCAACAUGAUUGAAAACCUCGCGCAGGUCACGGUCGUGUCGGUGUACGACGAGAAUGUACCGGGGGGCAUCCAAGGCAUUGACCCUGACUGGUGGAAGAUGCAGAACCAGCUUCGCGCGAUGCAAAAGUAUGGCCGGCUGGGUGGUUCAACCACGACCCUUCAUGUUCCUGGUCAAGACAAGGCGUGCGUUCACCAUGUGUCUGUGGGCGCUAUCACUACAAAGUAG